AUGAACGAUAAUGUUAGACAGUACAAUACACAUGGUUCGCCCGAGCAGCCCGAUGAGAUUUUGGGAGGCUGCGACGUUCUUGAACAAAAACUGUCAACGAACGACAACGAGCACGAAAAACUAAAGGAACCCCAGGCGGCCUCAGAGUCGAACAAUGCUGCUUCAAUCAACCUCCCUAAUGGGAAAUGCCUACUGACGAUGCGCCAAAACGACAUGAAAGAUACACAGGAAAAGUCGACGGCUGAUUCCUCGACCUACUCCACUUCCAUCUCCCCCUGCUCGGACUCUACCGAAAAAACAAUCCCUAAUUCUCCCGAACCCUCCGGCGCUGACAAGCAAGCCGUUAUCAGUGCUAUAGGGACCGUUAAUCUGUCUUCUGGGAUCACGAAACCCCAACAGCAAACCAGAAUGUUUGUACCAGAAUCUAAACAACAGGCGUUUAAGUCCUCAACUCUGGUUUACCCUUCGGCCCCUCAGACAUCCAAUCAGAAGACGAGCCAACUCUCACCCGUCAACCAUUUUCACACGGAAUCAAACUAUUCCAGGGAGGAGAGAGCGAAAGUGGCGAAAGAACGACGUCAACUUUCGAACCAGGAUGAAGCUAAUGCGUAUCUUCAACAGGCGGGACUUUCACAUUUAGCACCUGACCCCACUUUUAAGCCAAGUACACCCACACAGAUGAUGCUUCCGUUGAAUGCACCAUCAAACAGCUUCAGUAGUGGCAUACCUGGGAACGGUAGCUAUUUCUUUCCCGCUCAUAGUCCUCCCUCGAUGACCGUUUCGAAUGGAAGCAUUCAACCUGCCUCAGCAGAUAGCUGCAGCAUUAGUGGACAGAGUGGUGAGUCUGUCAAUAAAACAAACCUCAUAGUCAACUAUUUGCCGCCCUACAUGACUCAGGAUGAAGUGAAAGCCUUGUUUUCAAGUAUUGGCGAAGUGGAAUCGUGUAAACUUGUGAGAGAAAAAGCUUCUGGAGAAAGUCUAGGGUAUGCUUUCGUGAAGUUCGUGCGCGCAAAUGACGCCGAAAAGGCAAUCAGAACACUCAACGGGUUGAGAUUACAAAAUAAGACAAUCAAGGUUUCUCUUGCCAGACCCAGCUCUGAGUCCAUAAAAGGUGCCAACCUGUACAUAUGUGGUCUCCCGAGGAAGAUGACCCAGGCUGAACUGGAAGAACUAUUUUCCCAAUGUGGCAAAAUAAUCACAGCUCGUAUUCUCUAUGACAACAAGACUGGACUUUCGCGUGGUGUGGCCUUUAUUCGAUUCGACCAAAGGCAUGAAGCUGAACUGGCGAUUCGCAGACUAAAUGGAUACCAACCGCCUUCUGAUUACCCAGGUGCCUCUCCACUCGAGCCGAUCACGGUUAAGUUUGCCAACUCGCCGAAUUCUAUUCGUCACGACAGUCUGAGCCUGGCUCUCUUGAAACAGGCGGCUCAACUACAGUCGGUCGCAGCCUCGGUUGUAACCCCUCCCACCAGAUCUGCGGCAACGGCAGCUGCAACCGCAGUCGCCGCGGCGGGCCUCCUUAAUCCCCUACAACAGAUCGCCUCGAUCUCAAAUCGUCUUAAAUAUUCAACUGCCCUCGCCGGUGGUCCCCACAAUCAGCCAGCCAACGCGAGUGACUUUCUGCCUGCUGUCGCCAGUGCCGCGGCCGUAGUUAAUCCCCUACUCGCGCCAGCCAUGGCUGCAAGCUCUGGCGCACUUACUGCCACUGGUUGGUGUAUCUUCGUAUAUAACCUGGCCCCGGAGACGGAGGAAUCAAAUCUGUGGCAACUCUUUGGACCCUUCGGAGCCGUGCAGACAGUAAAGAUAAUCCGUGACCCGACAACAAACAAGUGUAAGGGAUUCGGUUUUGUCACGAUGAGCAACUACGAAGAGGCCUUGUUGGCGAUCCAUUCUUUGAACGGGUUUGCACUCGGAAACAGGGUACUUCAGGUUUCCUUCAAAACCACACCCAAUCCGAGGAUACGACCUCCAACGCAAGCUUCGCCGCCAAACAUUCUGAGCCCAACCAUGCAAUUCAACCAGGGUAGCAAACUGAGUGAAUCUGCCGCUUCACAAAACCAACCAGAAACAAGUUCUGCCAAGACCCCACAGACUCUGGGUGACGUGUCGCCAAUUUCAGGCUCUCAGUCACAGCACACAAAAAACUUUACCAACAACCUCGCCACACGAUCAAGUAGUAAUGCCUCGGGCGUGGACUGCUCAAGUCCCGUGGCCAACCGUUCUCUCUUUUCGCAGAUUUCGAAUCUGAAAGUUCCAGUGAAACCAAUUCGAGGUUCUUCAGGUUCAUGCGAGUUCAGUGGCGUCAGCACUACAAAUGCUACAAAGUCGACGCUUGAGCAAGAGCGAGGUCAGUCUUUUUGCAAUUCAUUUGCUGUUUCCGAAAACCAAGAAUUCUGCACGACCGGUUCUCAACAGACCCGAGACAAUCCUGCUCUGCGCUAUCUAACUGACAAACAAGCCCAAGCCCACUCUCAGCCACCGAGCAGGCUUCGAAUUGAGUCAGUCAGUAGCGUCAACGGAAGCAACCGACCUGGCUAUCGAGCAUAG